AUGAUAGGAUUGUGGAAUGUUCGAGGUCUUAAUAGGCUGGUUAUGCAGAAAGAAGUGAAGGCCUGGUUAAGUGACUCCUCGAUUGUGUUAUGUGGUUUGGUAGAAACUAGAGUCAAUAGUAGUAAGUUCCAGAGAUUAAAAGUCAGAAUUAGGAAUAAUUGGAGUUGGGAUAAUAAUUAUUCAGCUGAUGCAGGUGGAAGAAUUUGGUGUGGCUGGGAUCCAUUGAGACUUGAUGUUUCAGUUUUACAGACCAGUGAUCAGAUGAUGUUAUUACAGGUAGUGGUUAGAGGGUCUAAUAGCAAAUUCUAUGUGACUUCUGUAUAUGCUAAGAAUACUGAUAAUCAAAGGAAAUCCUUAUGGAAAGACUUGGAGGAUAGUGCUCAGUUUAUUGAUGGGCCAUGGCUUUUAAUGGUGGAUUGGAAUAUAAUAAGAGUUAAUGAAGAGAAGAAAGGGGGGAGACAACAUCCGCCAAGAGUAUUUCAGGAUUUUAAUCAGACCAUAGAUAACUUAUGUUUGUCAGAAGUGCCAACAUCUAAUGGUGUAUUUACUUGGUGUAAUAACAGGCACUCUAAUAGGAGGAUUUAUGCAAAGUUGGACAGGAGUUUAAUAAAUGAGGAGUGGGGGCAGGUUUUUCCAAAUUCUCAUAUAAUGUUAACUCCCCAUUUGACCUCAGAUCACUGGGGUUUAAAGAUGAUGUUUCCUUUACAGAUUGCUGAGGGGCCAAAGCCAUUUAGAUUUCUUUGUGUGUGGAAUCAACAACCUAUAGUGAAAGACAUGAUUGUUGAAGUUUGGAAGACUAAGACCAGUGGGGAUCCAAUCAAAAGACUUCUUUACAAGUUAAAGCUCACUAAACAAGCAAUAAAAGAUUGGAAUAAGAAUAAGUUUGGUUCUGUUUAUGAAGAAGCUAUUUCUUGUAGGAAGAAGCUAGCUGACAUUCAAUAUCAGUUGCGAGAUGAUUCAAUGAAUGAGAGACUUAUUCAGAUUGAAAAGGAAGGUCGGAUGUCUCUUGAAGCUGCUAUUUCAAAUGAAACAAUUUUACUGGCUCAGAAGUCUAGGAUCAAAUGGGUGAAGGAGCAAGAUAGAUGUACUAAAUUUUAUUUCCAAAAAAUCAAGCAACACAGAGCAAAGAACAAUAUCACAGUUAUUCAAAAGGAUGGGGUUUCCAUUACUGAACCAAGUAUCAUUAAGAGCAAGUUUGUGGAUCAUUUUCAAAGAGCUUAUUCUAAUGAUCAACCUGCCCUUUAUGUUCCAGAAGCUAGAUGUAUAAGAAACAAAUUGUCUGCUGUUGAGAGUUCUAUAUUUGAAGAGGCUAUCACUAGAGAAUAA